AUGGCUACCCCCAGUGUCCUUACCUUUGAUGCUGAGGGUCGUGUUGUUGACUUCGAGGUAUGGGUCGAUGACCUACAGCUCUUCCUACAGUGCGAUAGGGCAGACAGACUCUCUCUGUUCGCUCUCACCUCUGGUGCCUCUCCUGCCCCGCCUGCUGAUGCUGACAGCACUGUUCGCUCACAGUGGGCCACACGCGAUGCUGCUGCCCGUCUUGCUGUGCGUCGCCACUUACCGACCGUUGAGUGUGCGCACUUUAGUGAGUACAAGAGUGCUAAGACCUUGUACGACGGUGGAGUUGCACGCUACUCUUCCCCUGCCACUGCUGCUCUUAGCCGCCUCAUACUGCCGUACUUGUUCCCUGACCUUGCUGCCUUUCCCACAGUCGCUGACCUCAUUACGCACCUUCGCACUAAUGACACUCGCUACCGCGGUGCGCUUCCUGCUGAGUUCUGUGCCAAGAACCCUCCCCCCAUGUACAUCACCCUCUACUACAUAGUCACCCGGCUCUCUGACUCCCUUGUCUGGGACCACUUCCUCUCAGUUUGCCCCACCACACUCACCGUUGACCUCCUCGAGGAGCGCCUCCUGGCAGCAGAGAAGAGCAUAGUCGCUCCGACCUCGUUGGCUUCGAGUCGGUCGGGGCUGCGUCUGCCCCUACCGAGAGACGCCGCACCGGCAAGGGCAAGGGGGGCAAGGGAGCUUGAGGGGCUAGCGGGGGCGGUGGAGGUGGUGGUGGAGGCGGUAGAGGGAGUGGGGGUGGUGGUGGGAGUGGUGGCGGGGGUGGAGGUGUCGGUGGCAGCAGUGGAGGCGGAGGAGGCGGCGGCGGUGGCGGUGGGAGCGGAGGAGGCGGAGGUGGCGGAGGCGGCGGCGGCAGCGGUGGAGCUGGUCGCGGCUCUGCGCAAAGGAGUGGCUCCGGUGGUGGUCCGCGCCAGCUGCAGCAGCGCACUCGUGAGACCCCGUCCCCCCAGCAGCUUCGUGAGUGGUACGCUGGGCGUCAGCGGGUGUGGGGGCUCGCACUCCACCAAGCGCUGCUUCAGCCGCCUGACGGACGCUUGGCGUCACCAGUUCCCUGACGCCACUGAGAUCCCUCGCUGGGGAGAGCUGUCUAGGGCGGGGGUUGCUAUCUUUGAUCUUGACUAUGAUGCUAUUCUUGCUGCCAUGUAUGCUGUGUCUACUAGUGAUGAGGGUGACUGUUACUUAUGUGUUCCGCCUGACCCGGGCAUUGGGACUGCUGCUCUAGGUGCUGGUGAGGCUGCUGCUCUAGGUGCUGGUGAGGCUACUGCUCUAGGUGCUAGUGUGUGA